UUAGUCAGCUGCAUUUAGUGCAGAGAGGGUGCCGGAGCUUCGGUCAGUGUGCAAGUGUCAGAUCUUCAAGAUGCAGCGCAUCUACAUGCACAGCAAUGAGCACUUUGAAGUCUUCACCACUGUCCUUGCUCCUCAAGGGAGGUAUCGAUACAGAGCAGAAGCUGAAACGAUGGUAGUGGUGCACAGCUACAGGCCCCACUGGCCAGAUGAGCUGGAGCUGUCUCUGGGUGACGUCAUCCUGGUGCUGCCCAAGCACGAGGAGGAGAGGUGGUUUGGGCGGCUGCAGGACGGCCAGCAGGGCUACUUCCCCGCCUCCUGUGUGAUGGAGCUGAGCCAGGUGAAUCUUCCUCCAAAGGCCGUACGAAGGAGUUUAUCUCUGAGAAGCUCAGCCUGGGACAACGAUUCAGGAGUACGCAGUAGACAUGGGAAUGGACACAUUCGGCAGGCACUAAGGAGGGGGAGCAGAGGAGCUGGAGGAGGAGGAGGAGGAGUGGUGCUGGAUGGUGGCCAAGGUGAGAACGAGGGCCCCUUCCCGGUGCGGAGGCCCCAGAUCCCUGUGCCACAGCCCGUGGCCUCCCAACCUCAGAUACAUAGAUCCCCGGGCCUGCUCCACAGGAUCUUGUCCAAAUGCCGGAAAAAGAGUGAAUGCCAGGGCGCCACCAACGCGGCCUUCGAGGGCGACUAAGAGGCCCUCCUCUUUGUCCUGGGUGACUGAACUGAGUUCACUUUGGUGGGGCUGCGUUGGGGGAGUAUAUGCGGGUGAACAGAGGAACUUCUGAAAUGUGAAAAGACGGUCUAUAUAUCCUCAUGUGGGCUGGUGCUCAUUUCCAUACCAGGUAUUCUUCACUUGGCUGCAUUACUAGAAGCAAGAGGUUGAAUUGGGAGUGUGCAAACCUAAAUCGGUGAUGUCACAGAUCGUGUUUUGCCCAUCACAUCCGAUGUAUGCCUGGUGUGACAUCACUGAUGGGGGCGUGUCCAAAAGUGCAACAUGUUCGAAUGGGUAGAGAGCUGAGCAGCUGCUGUUUUCUGCCCUAUUUUUCAGCAUGGCAAGAUCAAAUGCAGGCUUUGAAUAUAUAAUAAAUAUAUUAUUACAAUCAUGGCAAACAUAACAUUAAGAGUUAGUGGCAAUCAAUGAAGCAACAAGAUGUUUAACUGAUCAAAUGUAGCCUUUUUCAUGACUUUGAUGCUGUUACUUAAGAGAAAUGUUAUUUCUAUUGUCUGUGCACAUUUUGCUCCAUCAUGCAUGUUUCUUAAAUUCAUCUGUUGAUAUGUAUGUAUUUUGCUGCUUAAUAUGUAAUCAUUUUAUAACCAUAAAACCCAUAAA